ACCUACAGGAGCGCCAGUUGGCAGCUGCUGCUCCGUGUGACUGAACAGAAGAAGAAGGCUGAGCCCAAUGGCGUUGACCGGUCCAGAGUAAUGAGCCUGCGAUACAUAACUCAUAGAGAAUAACUCUUCAAGUCCCUUAAGAUAUCGAUAGUGACAGUAGCUAAGAUGUUGAUCACUUUGAAAACCCUUCAACAGCAGUCUUUUAAAAUUGACAUCGACGAGGAGGAAACGGUAAAGACAUUAAAAGAAAAGAUUGAACAUGAGAAGGGGAAGGACAGUUUUCCAGUCAACGGACAGAAACUAAUAUACGCUGGUAAAAUCCUCAGCGAUGACUCGCCGAUCAAGGAAUACAAAAUCGAUGAUAAGAGUUUUGUCGUCGUCAUGGUGACGAAGCCUAAAGCAGCCCCAUCGGUCGUGGAUCCCCCGGCCGCCCCGGUGCCCUCGGCGCCAGCCCCAGGGGAGACGCCAUCUGCGGCCGGCCCUGCAGAGCAGGCCCCCCCAGCAGAGAAGCCUGCAGCAGAAGAGGCCGCCGCCCCGGCGACUGUGGAGCCAUCUGCCACUUCCAACAGAACCAGUGAGGCUGCUACGGACACAAAUCUAUUUGAUGAAGCAAUUUCAGCACUGGUGACGGGUCAGUCGUACGACUCCAUAGUGACUGAGAUGAUGAUGAUGGGCUUCGAGAGGGAGCAGGUGGUGGACGCGCUCAGGGCCAGCUUCAACAACCCGGACCGGGCCAUGGAGUAUCUGCUCACGGGCAUCCCGGCCCGGGAGGAGGGAGAUGCCGUUCCAGCGGUCCCUCCUAUUGGUGCAGCUCCAGCCCCGGUCGCUCCAGCCGCUGUCAGCAGCCCUUCCAACCCUGGCCCCACACCAAGCCCCGCAGCUGCUCCGGCAAACCCCCUGAGCUUCCUCAGAAACCAGCCACAGUUCCACACGAUGAGGGAGCUGAUCCAGCAGAACGCCUCCCUGCUGCCCGCGCUGCUGCAGGAGAUCGGCCGGGAGAACCCCGAGCUGCUGCAGGAAAUAAGUAACCAUCAGGAGCAGUUUAUACAAAUGCUAAACGAGCCGGUGACGGGUGAAGUAGCAUCAGCUGGAGAAGGUGGAGGAGGUGGAGGUGGUGGAGGAGGAGUGCUGCCCUCCAACCCGUCUGGAGGAAACUACAUCCAGAUCACACCGCUGGAGAAGGAGGCCAUCGAGAGGCUAAAAGCCCUCGGGUUUCCAGAAGGACUCGUCAUUCAGGCCUACUUUGCUUGUGAGAAGAAUGAAAACCUGGCCGCCAACUUCCUUUUACAACAGAACUUUGGAGAUGAUUGAGAAUUUUUUUUAACUUUUUUUUGUUAAUCUGUUCUUUGUUGAUUAGUUAUUAUGUCAUGAUAUGCGUAAUUGAUGAGUAAAGGGCCUUCCUCAUUUUAUACAGCUUUUACUGAAAAAGAUUACUUGUUUUUCCUCUUUUCCUUUUUAGGACCACUGGAUUAUUUCAAACUGUUCAGUUAAAAAUGUUAGGAAUGAAGUAAAAUCACUUUGGUGCAUCACAAAUACUUUGUUGUUGCUUUCUUCUGCAAGAUAGUGGGAUCUUGAUGAACUGAAUGAAUCCAUACGUUGUCUUUGCUGAAUUUCCUCUACUCUAUUUCCUCGAAAUACACCAACAUUAAGUAAUAGUCAUUGAUCAUUCAGGUUAAUUUCGAUUUUUAGCUUUAGUCAUAACUGGUGGUUAACUGCUGAUAUCGAGUGUGUUAUGUUUGAAUCAUUUAUUGGACUAUCUGAAAUGGAAUCCGCAGUCUGAAUACACAAUUAAAAUUGAGAACUGCAAAGGGCCAUUUAAGGGCCAUUUGCAAAGGAUGGCCCUUAAGGGUUAUGGGUUUAAAUAUACUAACCCUAAUUCUAUUUACUUAGUAGUAAAUCCAAAGAAAAUUGACAAAGACAAUACUGUGUGAAGUGCAUUGCAAACUACACUAAUACAUCUAUGCAAAUGUUCAACAUGAACAGAGUCUUAUUUGGUUUGUAAAUGUAAGUGUAGAACAUGUAGAUCUGUAAAUGUAGAACACGUCUGCUUCUUCAGUCGCUCAUUCUGCGGUUGCUAAUAUAGCUGAUGAAGGUUACACAUCGGCUUUAUCAUUUUGUGACACCUCUGUCCGAAAGACGACAUACACAUAUAUACCUUCAGGGGGCAGUAUACACCAAAACUCAAGAUAGUUGGCCUACCACAACGUCACACUUAUCAGUACAUACACAUAGUUGUAAUAUAAAAAAAAAUACAGUAGCAUAUUUCACAAACAGCAUUUGAGUUUUUGGAAUACCAUCUUUUAAAAGACAACACCACUGCAGCACUUCAAAUUGUAACAUGAAAUUUUGACCUAAUGUUGGCCUAUUACACUUCGUAGGCCUAUUUGUUACGAGGAGGGAUGUGUAGACAGGGAACGAAAUUGUUAACUAGCUUCUUUACCUUACAUCUUAUCAGAUGUAAUUAAGCAGCCCGUCAAGUAACAUGUUAGUAGAAAAACCCUCCACACCAUUCUUGGGUU